AUGAUUCUAUCCCAUCUGUUGGGCCUGCUGGCUGCCACGGCCGGCCUGGCCACCGCCGCCGAUUCAAGUGCCGAUGCGGACAACUAUGAAUAUGUCGUCGUGGGCUCCGGUGCCGGUGGUGGUCCGCUCGCGGCCCGUCUGGCUCUGGCUGGUCACAAGACGCUGCUCAUUGAGGCGGGUGAUGACCAGGGCGAGAACUACAACUACACCAUCCCGGCCUACUCGGCCCGCGCCUCCGAGGACGAGAAGCUCGCGUGGAACUUUUUCGUGCACCACUAUGAAGACGACGAGCGCCAGGCACGGGACUGGAAGGGCUCGACGUUGAAGGGCACGCUCUAUCCCCGGACCGGCACCCUCGGUGGAUGCACCGCGCACAAUGCCUUGAUCGCCGUCUACCCGCAUCAGUCCGACUUCGAAUACAUUGCCACUCUCACCGGCGAUAAAUCCUGGACCCCCGACAACAUGCGCCAGUACUUCACCAAGCUGGAGCGCAACCACUACCUGUUGCCCGGCCAGCAAGGGCAUGGCUACGACGGCUGGCUGCAGACGGAGACCGCGCCGCUGAGCAUCGUGCUGGAGGACCCCCAACUGUUGAGCAUGCUCACGGGUGGUGCAUUUGCACUGGGCAAUUUGACCGACAACAUCAUGAACAUUGGCACCCUCCUCGCCAGCGAUGCCAAUGCGGACACCAAGACCCGCGACACCGAGCCCGGCUACUAUCAGAUCCCCAUCUCAACCGACGACGCCCACCGCAACGGCGCCCGGGAGUUCAUUAUUGCUGUGCGCGAUGCGACGAAUGACGAUGGUUCCAAGAAGUACCCACUGGAUGUGCGCAUGAACACCCACGUCACCAAGGUCGUUUUCGAUGAGACGGCCAACCCGCCCCGCGCCACGGGCGUCGAGCUUCUCCAGGGCCAGCAUCUCUACAAGGCCAGCCCCAUGUCCAAGUCGGCACUGAAGGGCACCCCGGGUGCCGUGAACGCCUCGCGCGAGGUCAUUGUGGCUGGUGGUGUGUACAACUCGCCCCAGAUCCUGAAGCUGAGCGGCAUCGGUCCCGCCGAGGAGUUGCAGCAGUUUGGCAUCAAGGUCAUCAAGGAUCUUCCUGGGGUGGGCACCAACCUGCAGGACCACUAUGAAAUUUCCGUGCAGGGCAAGAUCGAGGAGGACUUCUCCUGCCUGGAUGGCUGCACCUUCAGCAUUCAUGACCAGGCCGACCAGUGCAUCAACGACUGGGAGUCGCCCAUCCUCGGGGACCGCGGCAUCUACUCGUCGCCCGGCCUCGCCGCGACGAUGCUGUACAAGAGUUCCGUCUCGGCCGAUGACAGCUUCGACAUUUUCUGCUUCGGUGGUCCCGUCAACUUCCGUGGCUAUUUCCCCGACUACAGCAUCAAUGCCACCGACGAGCACAACUGGUUCACCUGGGCGAUCCUCAAGGCCCACCCCCGGAAUACCGCCGGUACCGUGAAGCUGCAGUCCGCCGAUCCGCUGGAGGUCCCCAAGAUCACCUUCAACUACUUCGACACCGGCGUGGGUGACUACGAUGCGGAUCUGACCGCGCUCUAUGAAGCCAUCGAGCUGGCUCGGGACGCUUUCGACCGCCAGCUCGUCAACGUCACCGAGGUGCUCCCCGGCGCCGCCGUCACCUCCAAGGAGGACAUCGAGACCUACGUCAAGGAUGGUGCCUGGGGCCACCACGCCUCGUGCACCUGCCCCAUCGGCGCCGAUGAUGACCCCAUGGCCGUGUUGGACUCCAAGUUCCGGGUUCGUGGCGUCUCGGGCCUCCGCGUCGUGGAUGCGUCCGUCUACCCCAAGAUCCCCGGUACCUUUACGGCGGUGUCGACCUACAUGGUGGCUGAGAAGGCCGCCGAUGAGAUCCUGAGUGAGCUCAAGGCCAGCUCGUAA